AUGCUUAAGCGGACGGACAAUCAGGACAAGGUGUUUGAUGCGUCGGCGUAUUUCAGACAACAGCAGGAGCAGCAGGAGCAGUUGCAGGCGCUUAAGGAGCAGCAGAGACAAUUGCACCUUGAGCAGGAGCAGUUGCAGAACAGCGGUGGAUCAAGUCAAGCCACAUCUGGUGCGGUUCCUGUCUCAGCCCUUCCCUGA